UCUUUCCCGACCUGCGCAAUUCAGCCCGCGACGCCUCACCAUGGCCGAGCCAGCGCCCCCAAUCCCAAUCUACGUGCAAGCGUCUCGCUUUGUGCUGGACGUAGCCAAUGGCCGGCAUGCGCUCUCCAAGGCCGUUCCGCCCGUCCUCCUUGCCCUGGAUGCCGUCCUCUGUGGGCUCAUCAUCUGGAAGAUCCCCUAUACGGAAAUCGACUGGGUAGCCUACAUGGAACAAAUCUCCCAAUACGUCUCGGGCGAGCGCGAUUAUACCAAGAUCAAAGGCGGCACCGGACCUCUCGUAUACCCUGCCGCCCACGUGUACACAUACACGGGCCUAUACUACCUCACCGAAGAGGGCAAGAACAUUUUCCUGGCCCAGCAGCUAUUUGCUAUCCUAUACCUGGCGACUCUUGCCGUUGUAAUGGCCUGCUACUGGCAAGCAAAGGUCCCGCCGUACAUCUUCCCGCUCCUGAGCCUCUCGAAGCGCCUCCACAGCGUCUUUGUCCUGCGCUGCUUCAACGACUGCUUCGCGACCCUCUUCCUCUGGCUCGCCAUCUUCUUCUUCCAGAAGCGACUAUGGACACCGGGCGCCGUCUUAUACAGCUGGGGCUUGGGAAUCAAAAUGUCGCUGCUGCUCGUCCUUCCCGCCGUGGGCAUCGUGCUCUUCCUCGGACGCGGCUUCGGGGGAAGUCUCCGCGCGGCAUGGCUCAUGGCACAGGUACAAAUCGUCAUUGGGAUCCCCUUCGUCUCGAACAACGCAAAGGGGUACCUCGGCCGCGCCUUUGAGCUGUCACGGCAAUUCUUCUUCAAGUGGACGGUCAACUGGCGCUUCGUGGGCGAGGAGACCUUUCUCAGCAAGCCCUUUUCAAUUGCACUACUAGGACUGCACGCGACGGCCCUGCUCGUCUUCGUCUUCACGCGGUGGCUCAACCCCACGCAGAGACCCCUGUCCUCCCUGCUCCCGGCGAUGCUCCAGGGCAAAUCUCCCUUCUCGGCGCUGGAAGAGGCCCAGGUGGCCAGCCGUGUGACGCCGCGCUACAUCCUCACGACGAUCCUGUCGGCCAACGUCAUGGGCCUCCUCUUUGCGAGGUCUCUCCAUUACCAGUUCUACGCCUAUCUAGCCUGGUCGACGCCGUACCUGCUCUGGCGCAGCGGUCUCCCCUUUUACGUGGUGUAUAUCCUCUGGGCGGCGCAGGAGUGGGCGUGGAACGUGUACCCCAGCACGGACUUGAGUUCCGAGUUUGUCGUGGGCGUGAUGGCGGUCACCGUGGCGGCUACGUGGUUCGGCACGGCGGAUGAAGGGGCGCCGGCCGAGAAGCCAGAGUCGAUGAAGCGGUGAUGCGGUGGUGGUGGUGGUGGUG